CCUACGCUCAAGAACUGGCAGCCCGACCGGGAUACGCCCCCUGCAUCCCCCUCCUACGAAGCUCCCCAAAGCCAUUUAGGCUUGGAACUCCAAAGCCACAUCGCAGCGGCAGUGGCUUCACGCACAGCACAGCUAAAGACUACAGGAGAUGAAGUCUUGGGGCUUGUCAAUAUGAUUAGCCAGAAAGUCGCUGACUGGGAAGGGAAGAGCCUACAAGGAGCUGCCUCCUUGGGCAAGGAUAUCAGGACCCUGGUCCUCAACUUCAGCAGGAACCUGGCAACAAGUAACCCCACCAAAGAGGAAGAGAGACACUGACCCUCUCCACCCACAAACAAUAGCUAUGCUGGAGCUACAAAAACCUCACCCAAUGCCACCAAGACACAACCCAAACAACCCAAGGCCCCAUACAAGUCACCACUACCAGAGAAGCCUCCUCGCAUCUUCCUCUGCCUUCCCAAAGACCACCCAGCCCGCCAAGCUAGCCCUUUCACUACUAUGGAUAAACUGAGGAAGCAUUUGGACAAGACCUGUUCUGCAGCUGUGAAAGAGGUCCAACAGGUGCCCUCGGGCCUGGCAAUCUGGCCUAAAGAUGGCCUGAGUUUCCAGCUUCUCAUGGAACGCAAGGAGGCGCUGGAGGUCCUCCUACAAGGAGCCAAGGCUGAAGUUGAACAGAACUGGGCCAUAUUCACCCUUCCAAAUGCCCCACAAGAGUAUACUAGCUAUGACAGGGCCCAAAUGCCCAUAACUGAACAUAUGGCCCUGGAAGAGUUCAAGCUCCAGACAGGCCUCUCCCCUCUGAAGUUCUACUGAUCAAGCAAGAACCCGCUUUCAGGCACCCUCAUCAUGGCUGUCCCAGAGACCCAGGCCCAGAUAGUCCCUAGGUGGUUCCACCUCUUUGGCAAG